GCUGAUUGGUUGUAUGCCUACCCAAUUGCUGCAGAGGGAUUUGAAAGACAACCUUUUAGCCCGCCUCCCUCCCUGUCCAGCGUUCCUAGACCCUUGUGUCUUAAGAGCUGGGUCUAGCGGCUACAUAUGUAGCCCUGGAAAAUAAUAUGACAGAGUGUCUCAAAAGCACUGGAAUCUUAUUUUACUGUUGAUAAAGCUUUGAUCUGUUUAGUUUGGUCAAAAAAUAUUUUCAUGUCAAAUACUUUUAUUAGAGAGAUUAUUGAGGAUUUCCCAGCAUAGCUUGUGGUAAAAAAAAAAAAAAAAGUGACUAAAAUGAUGAUUAUGGGCAUCUAAUGGGAUUUUUUAAUAUAUAUUUAUAGUUUUAACACAUCAUAAAAUAUUAUUUGUUGCUCAGAAUAAAUUAUUCUGAUUUUUUCGCGUCUCUGGAUGAUGAUGGAUGUCAGUUAUAAUCGUAAAUAGCUGUUUUCUGUGUAUUUUCUGCGCGUUUCAGUGGAUAUAAACAGCAGUUAUCCUCUGAAUGGAACCAGCCCCGCAGCAGCUCAGUGUUGGGACGCGGCCGGACGUCGUUGCCAUGGAGACGCCGCAACUCUGCCGUCAGUUAGCGAUAAACUUUGAAUAAAAUCUGAAGUUUGCCUCCGUUAGUUUCUGUGAUUUCAGCUUUAAACUGGACCGGAGUCUGUAAGGACACACAGCUCGGUAAAUACACGACUGUUAAUGUGAAGAUGAGCGGCACACGAAGACGGAUGUCAUUUCGACUCAACAUUAACACUCAGAACAGCAGGAUGGAGCAGCAGACGGCGUCCCUCCAAACUGAAUCUUCACCAGAUAAUUCAUCUCAUCUCUCCAGGAGAGAAAUAGGCCUGUUCAGAAACAGUCUGAAGCAGAACGUCUGUGUGCAGCUGCUGCAGGACGGCGACCACAGGUCGUUCUCGGAGCUCUUCCGUCUGCUGGCUUCUGAUCGGGAUCGUAGGGAGGCCAGUUCAGCUGUGAGGCUCCAGACGCCUCCACUGGAGGAACAACUGGACAAACUGGAGACCAUGAAGCUGCACCUGAGCCGAGCCGAGCGGGCCGAACGGACCGGUCUGUGGUCUUCAGCCUGUGAGGAGCUCCUGCUGUUGGGUCGCUUCUUCUCGUCUCCUGAGGACCUCUGGCUCCGUGUGCAUUUCUACCGGCGCUGUUCAGACGGAGGACGAGGCUCCAGACCGGCUGUGGAGGCUCAGCUGUGUCUGGCCGAGCUCCAGCUGGAGGACGGGGAGGUGGAGCAGGUGAGGCAGCAGGUGGAGCUGAGCCUCCAGCAGAUGGAGGACGGCUGGCUGGACUCGGAAAGUCGGUCCCUGAAGCUUCGGACCCUCCGGGUUCUGUGGAGGAUCUACAGCCGACUGGCCGACGCUCCUCUGGCUGCUGGAGACCUCACAGAUGCUCUGGAGCUGCUCCAUGAAGGAUACAGGAUCUCCACCCAGACUGAAGACAAACGGAUGGAAGGAGAGGCAGCGUUUAAACUGGGGCUGGCCUAUCAGAGCGCAGGAGAGCACGAAGCUGCCAAACAGCACUUGAGCUCCUGCAUGCAGAUUUGUGGAUCCCUGCAGGAUUCAGACGGACUGACGAAGGCGUACAAGGCCAUGGCCAGCUCUCUGCAGAGUGAAGGAAACACCGAUGAAGCCAUCCAAUGUCUGAAGAAGCUGGCUGAUCUUUCUCGCAGCGAUGGACUGCAGCACAAUCUGGCUGAGAGCUUAAUGAGUCUGGGAAACAUCUACUACAGCAGGCGUGAGCAUCAGAGAGCUGCUGAGAACUUUCUGCAGGCUUACCAAGUUUACUGUAACACUGGAGAUGAAGCUCAGCUGCAGAAGGCUCAGGUGAUGGUGGCCACUGCUCGCGCUCAGUGCCUCAUCAGAAAACACAUCGUCCACCUUCAGACUGCUGCUGGAACCCCAGAACCUGAAUAAAGACCGCAGACUGAACCUGAAGCUGUAAAGAAACCAGAGUUACUUCUGACGCCUGCAUCACAGUGCUGCUACAUGUGUUCUGUUCAUUUAUAUGAUAGCAUUUUAGUCAAAGCCAACCUGGAUUUGUUCUUUUUAACGGAUCUGAGUUUACCUCCUGUUCAUUAAACACAAUCUGUUCUGACUAGAUGAAAACAAAGAAAGUCUCUGUUGUGUUUAGGUUGGUUUUUGUUUUCAUGUUCCUCUACUCCCUCUUUUUGCUCUCAUAGUUUCUUUUCAGUGUGUCUGAGGGUGUUCUGACUGUAAGAGAAGAACUGGACUCUCUAAGGCAGGACUGUCAAACUCAUGUUGGUCCAGGCGCUGCAUACGGACCAGUAAACUUAUAGCAGAAUUACUGAGAAGUAACAAUAAGUCCAAGUUUUUAUGACGUUUUAGUGCAAAGGAGAAAAAUCUUUAUAUGUAAUGAACUGUCCUUUAAAAAAUUAUAUUAGAAACAACCAGAGAUUAAAGUAAGUGUAAUUUCAACAACA